UAUCCUAUGAAAUUGAAGGUUAUUUGUAACCAAGAGAGCCGGUUGGUAGUUGCUAAACAGUUCGCAUGCAAGCGGUUGGUAGGCCACAGUUGGAAUGUUUGCGUUCACACACCAUUAUCAUGAGCGGUCUCGAACAGUGAGUAAAUUAUUUGGGAAGGAAGUUCGUUAGUAACAGUACGCACGCACAAGCUAGCUGUUUAGCUAGCUAACAAACUAUUUAAAAAAAAUCAAACCUGACUGUCGAGUACAAAAUGCCAGUUCAAACGAUGCAAUUGGCAUUAUACGAUGCAACUCGUUUUGUAGAAACACAAUUUCACGCAAAUAGCUUUGCUUGAUCAACAACACUAGCUAACUAACAUAGUUAGCUAGCUCAUUUGGAUCUCCUCAAUACCAAUGUGAGUAGUUAGCUAGCUAACGCGUUAGUCUAGCCCUUUGAUUUGGUGAAGCAUGGCUGGUACGGUAUUGGGCGUGGGCACUGGGGUUUUCUUCAUUGCUCUUAUCUGGAUUGUUGCUUUCGUGCUGGGGAUGAUCCUCUUGAGAGCUACUGGACCAACUAACUUAGGGGUCAUCCCUGUCUUCCUGCUGGCCCUCAUUUCCACUCUUCUCCUGAUGUUCUUCCCCCGCAGCUCAGAGACCCUAUCACCAUUCAAAGACUUUGAGACCGUAGACACUUUCUUCAUCAGCCGAUACGUCCUGCUGUCGGUGGCCAGCGUAGGCUUCUUGGUUGCUCUGUUCGGCCUGCUGCCCCUCCAUUUCCUGGAAGCUGUCUAUGCCAAGCCCUUGAACACACUAGAGCUGAGUGGCCAGGCCAAGUUGGCCUGCUAGACUGGUGGCCAGGGCCCAAUGUGCAGCGCUGGAGAUGAGAAGAGGCCAACUAAGAGGGGCCCUAGUGAAAUCGAGCACAGGACAGGUUGGCAACCGAGCCCAAAAACAGACAGGGCCAAUGUUUUCUCCGUGAUCGACUGUUGUUUGUUGUUGGGGGGGAUUUUGGGCCAACUGAAAUUAAAGAGGCUACUAUGUUCUUUGGUAUAGGCCACUGUAAACAUAGACAAUAUGUUUUGUGUUUAUGGAUAGCAAUUAGGCUACUUUGAAUUGUGGUGGUGGAGUAGCACUUGCAUCAAUAGAAUGCAUUUAUCUCUAUUGCCUGAUUCAGAAGUUCAGAGGAUAAGACUGAUAACUGUAUGUAUAUUUUUGACAUUCACUUUUUUUCCCACUUGUAUUUAUAAAAUAGUUUUAUUGUGAUUUUUAGGAGAACUUUAUUAAACAUUUCAAUGUUGUU